GUGGGGCUGAAUAGUAACACUUGGGUAAUAGACAUGACGUUAAUCUUACGGCGCUGCUUUUCACGUUCCCGCCAGCUCGUUUUCUUUUUAUGAAGAGGAUGUCGGACCUUGCUAUCAGCCAAAUACCCAUCCCUUCUCGUUCUUUCUCACUCAUCUCGACAUCUUAACCCCAAGCACUGCACCCACCACGCUACACCCAUCUCCGGGCCAGACACCCCCAGCAUCCCGCCAUGCCCAGCGACUUCGACAAGCAGGAGUACUGGCGCGACCGCUUCUCGUCCGAGACCGACUUCGAGUGGCUCGCGCCGUCGGCGACCCUCAUGGACGCCAUGGAGCCGCUCCUGGCGCGGCUGCCCGCCACGGCCCGCAUCCUGCACCUGGGGUCCGGCACCAGCGACCUGCAGAACCACCUGCGGCGGCGCGGCUUCCUUGACGUCACAAACGUCGACUACGAGCCGCUGGCCCUCGAGCGCGGCCGCCGCAUCGAGGCCGCCGCCUUCGCCGGCGACGUCCGCACCCGCUACCUGGCCGAGGACGUCACGCGGCCCGGCCUGGCCGCCCGGCUGCUCCUCCGCGGGGACGACAAAUGUGGGCAAGGUCCCUCCCGCCCGUUCGACCUGGUCGUCGACAAGAGCACCGCCGAUGCCGUCUCGUGCGGCGGCGACGGUGCGCUUCUGGCCAUGUUGGCCGGCGUCAGGGAGUGCAUGGCCGACUCGGCCCGCUGGGUCUCGCUCAGCUACUCGGCCACGCGCUACCGCCGCGACGGGCUGCCCUUCCACGUCGAGGUCAUGGACAGGCUGCCCACGCCCAAGCUGAAGGAGCACGACCCGGACAUCUUUCACUGGGUCUACCUGCUCAGCCCACGGAGCGCGGGGGGUGUUUCCUCGCGUUUGAGUUGAUGUCCAAGUGUGAAUGCAUUGCUAUCUGAAAUCAUAAUACAAAGACAACCGAUGACAUGGUUACAAAAGGACGUCAACAAGGGGCUGUGAUGCUAUGCUUCUGGUCUACAACUCGCCUGGUGACAGGAAGAAGGGGUGAGCAAAGUCAAGCGACUGAGAGUGAGGGUCUAUCGUCAAUGCAGCUUCCUCGGCCUGCCGCCAAGCUGACCCCAGUACUCCCUCAUGAGGGGUUUCAUGUCCUUCCACA